UGUCAGUUCCCUGCUCCUCUCACAGUCAGCUGAGACUUGUUUUAAGUUUGUUUAAAUAAUAAAUCAGUUAGACAUCAUUUGGGGUUGGCUGUGUUACUCUUGCAGUCUUACGUAAUGGAAGCUCAGCCUGCUGUAGGCUCCCCUGCCUGCAGUCGUGCAUUUGAACUGAUAGACAGCGAGUCUCAGCAUCAGUGUGCUGCAGUGAAAUCCAGCUCCUGGACACACCCUGCUGCAGCCUGCAGAGCCGCCACACAACACUGACAGACCACUCAGCUCUACGCGGUCCCUGAGCAGCGAGCAGCCGGAACACAGCGGAGUUGCAGGAUGGCUCUUAAUGACAAAGACCUGAUGCCUGUAGUCGGGAACCUCUCCCCGGGCCAACUGCAGUCCCACCUCAAGAUGGAGCCCAAAACUCUGGGGGCAAUCCAGAUCGUCAUUGGGGCGUUGAUUCUUUGUCUGAGUGCCUCUGUGCUCCAGAUCCAUGAGGUCCACUUUACGGGAGAUGUGGCCCUCUUCCUGAUUGUUGUCAUACAGGUGACCUUGUCUGGUUCAGUGUUGGUCCACAGUGGGAGGAAACCUACUCUGUUUUGGGUGAAAUGUGUCCUGGUGCUGCAUCUCAUCAGUGCUGCGUUUGCCACUGCUGCCCUGGGUCUAAUGUCCAAACACCUCCCCUACCGCCAGGACUCUUACCACUGUGAACACUGCCGCAGACUGGAGCUACAUGCAGUGCAACAUUGUUUCAGGAAAUGCACUGGGCUGAUCGAGCAAAAGUGUAAACUGUUGAUUGAUGGGAUCCUGGGGACGCUGGUGAUCUUCCUGGUGCUAGAGCUGUUGAUCUGCAUCACUGCAAUGCUGUUCGGACUCAGUGUCUUAGCUGCUGGUGGAACCCAGCAGGCUCCCAGCCAGAGACCUGUCUAUCCACAGACUCGCCCCCCACCUGUUCCAGCUGUUCAGGCUGCUCCAGCUGCAGCUGAGCCAUCUCAGGUGGCUGUAGUUGUGACUGAACCGGAUUCAGAGCAGGUGGAGGACAUCUCUACCCCACCCACUGAACCCCAGGUGGAGCCAAUAGAAGCUGGGACCACAGAACCCUGAACUCAACAAACAAUGCUCCCUGUGGUGUCAUGUCAUGUCAGUCAGAGUGUAAAUAUGGGGGGGAAACUACUCCUGUCAGCCUCCUUGUGGUCAUUAUAAUUAGGACUCAGUUAUCGCCCGUUUAGCUUGAUGACUCAUGUAUCAACUCAAAUCUGCUGAUGGCAUGAACGUCCCAAUGAGUUUCACAUGUAAACAACAGUUUGUCAUGCUGUCCUUUCACUUCUGACAUGACAUGAACACACAGCAUCAGUGUUAGCACUGCUGGACCUACAGUACAGUAUGUUAUGGUUAUGAUAUGGAUCAGUGUUAUUAGUAAUGUUGAUUUAUUCUUCAAACACUAGCACCACUAAAAUAAGUAUAAUCAGAAAAAUAAAAAUAACAGAGAAAGACAACCAGAUUCUCAGCUUCCACCUGAAGCUGAGACAGCGAGGGGAAAGUAAAGAUCUUGGUCACUAUUAGAGUAUGUAGGAUAUAUUCACUUCAAUAACAGAGAGUGUACAUGUUGUGUUGAUUACAAUGAAAGCAGAUUCAAUAUGUAACCUGGUACUAUUUUGCCUUUCAAAGGUCUUAAACCUCUCUUGCCUAAAACAUAGAUUGUUGCAAUAGAAUUUUGUAGUUGUUGUUUUGUUAUAAAACUAACCUUUUACUGAGUUUAUGCUAUUUUAAACUUGUCUUAAUGCCAUUCCAGAAUUCAUUGAUGAAAGAGUAUUACAGCAGCCGCUCUACUGUCUAUUGUCUAUUAAUUGUUAUUUGUUAUCUUGAGGUUCAAACUUAAAGGAGUACUCCGGUGAUUUAGUACUUGCAUAAGCUGACUCAAAAGAGGCAGCUGAGGCUGAGGUAUUCAGAUUUUUAGUCCCUAAUAUGAGUCAAGGUCCAAAAACACUGUAUCCUACAUUUCCAAUAAUGCUAAUAAACUCAAUAGCAUCUCUUGUUAGACCUUCCCAGCCUGUUAAAUACCCAUUUUUCAAACUCCAGUCACCCUGUUUGUAACUCUGGUUUUCUCUUUUGUACUUAUUAAUAUUAAUUAGUGGCAUAAUGCUGUUACAAUACAGGCAGGGGACACCGAGAUGGACCAGAAUGUUCUUUAUUGAAUGACAGCGAGAGAAGCGAGAGAGAGGGAAGUCUGUAGGAGGGAUCACUAGAGGCAGGGAGAUCACUGGAGGCAGAUGGGGAGAUCACUGGAGGGAGACAAGGUAAAUGCUGGAGACAGGACAUAUAAAGACUAUGCAGAAUUAAAACGAGGUCGGACACAUACUGAGGUGAGUGCAGGUCUUUUGUACUGGCUGUGAUUGUGACUAAUGGGGAGCAGGUGAUUGGGAGCCUGACGUAUCUGUGACAAAUGCACACUCUGUAGGAAUAAAUUUCCCCUUUGGGGACAAUAAAAUCCAUCUAUCUCUUAUACAUUUCUAGGCUCCAAGCCCAUGCCACAAUAACCUUGAUAACAUCACAAUGAUAUAAUUGCGGUUAUAUUUUCAGACCUGAUUUACCAGUUGAUUUACAUUCCACUGUUCGCCUAUGUUUAUGAGAUUUUGGUUAAGACUGACGUCUCGGCUGGAGCUCAGAGUGGAAAGCUGCUCUUUCACAUUGAAAAGAGCCAACUGAGGAGAUUUGGGCAUCUGAUUAAGAUGUCCCCUGGAUGCCUCCCCAAAGCAACUGGGGAGAUUACAUAGCCCAUCUAUACUUCGAGAUCCUUCAGGAAGUGGUGGAGAAGGACACGUGGUCCAGCACCUGGAUAAGCAAUGGAAAAUGAAUGAAUGGAUAUGUCCACCACUUGUUAUCUGGACAAUGAGAUAACUAAUGUAUGUUAUGAUCACAAAAUAUCAGUUUGCUAUGGGAAGAAGUUUUGCCACAAUAUUGCAGAGCAUCUUGUAGGGUAAAGGUUUUUUUUGUGUCUACAAUAAACUACCAGAAUGCA